UCCUUGAUGGUUAGGCUCCGUUUCAUACAGAGAUAGGACUCCAGUCAGUUUGAUCACAGUUCUAAAUCAGCAUGUAAUGCAGCAAGCUAGCACAGAUUAAUCAAGUCCCACAAAAUAAGAAACAAACUUAUUUCAUCGAAAGAUUAGGUUGAUUUUUGCACGUGUUUGUCUACGUCUCCGUCCGCACCCAACAUUAUGUAUUUUAAAAUGAUUUAAAUAUUUAAUAGGUUGGAGAAACGUCAACUCGUUUUCAGCGUCAGAUGGGGUGGGAGCAGAGAUCGCACAGUCAAAAGCGAAAGUAAACUUAGACUGGCGGCGCCAUUUUAGUACUGCGAUUAGUAAACAAAAACUUCUGUUAAAACAGAUUGUUUUAACAGACGCGUUUUAAAAACUCGUUUUAAAGAAAUGUACGCGUUGUUCAAGACAGGAUAACUCUUAUUUCUACAUAUGUGAGUGUGGAUACGGUAUGUUGAAGUGCAUCGAUGAACGACGCCAUAAAAACAAGAUGGGACUGUCAUGGCGUGACACAUUUGAUGAUCUCUAUAUAUGUUGUUCUCUGUUCUUACUGUUACAUAUUUUUAUUUGUCUCAUUCUAAUUGCUAUUUAAAUUUAAUUUUUUUCCAGAUGGCAGGUCAGAGUAUAUCUGAUUCAACAUUCAUUUAGCAUUCCAGUGGGUGUUUCCUUUUCCUCGUACUGUUUCUGUCUCGCAUUAAAACAUGAGUCAAGUACAGAUGGACAGAUCAGACCCCAGCUGUGUGUCCAUGAAGAGUGACUGGUCUAUGGAUCCUCCACCUCAGUUACAGAAACAUAAUAAACAUCACUUUGGUCAAGUCCAGAUGGACAGAUCAGACCCCAGCUGUGUGUCCAUGAAGAGUGACUGGUCUAUGGAUCCUCCACCUCAGUUACAGAAACAUAAUAAACGUUGCUUUGGUCAAGUACAGAUGGACCGAUCAGACCCCAGCUGUGUGUCCAUGAAGAGUGACUGGUCUAUGGAUCCUCCACCUUACUUACUGAAACAUAAUAAACGUCGCUUUGGUCAAGUACAGAUGGACAGAUCAGACCCCAGCUGUGUGUCCAUGAAGAGUGACUGGUCUAUGGAUCCUCCACCUCAGUUACAGAAACAUAAUAAACGUCGCUUUGGUCGAGUCCAGAUGAACGGAUCAGACCCCAGCUGUGUGUCCAUCAAAAGUGACUGGUCUAUGGAUCAUCCACCUAAGUUACAGAAACAUAAUAAACGUCGCUUUGGUCGAGUCCAGAUGGACAGAUCAGACCCCAGCUGUGUGUCCAUGAAGAGCGACCGGUCUAUGGAGCCUCCACUUGGGUUACAGGAACACAAUAAAAGUGGCUUUGGUCGAGUCCAGAUGGACAGAUCAGACCCCAGCUGUGUGUCCAUGAAGAGCGACCGGUCUAUGGAGCCUCCACUUGGGUUACAGGAACACAAUAAAUGUGGCUUUGGGAGUCUCGACAAACUUCAAAUAUUAGAGUCACCAGAACCCAUCUGUGUGUCCAUGGACAGGGACCAGUCAUUGAAUCUUCCACCUAUUCAGGAGAAAGGUUCAGAUUUUAGCCCUGACCCUAAAUGUGCUGAAGUCCUGAAUACAUUCAGAUCAAAUCUACAGAAGAAGUUUCAGUGUUUGUGUGAAGGAACAUCAAUGCAGAGAAACCCAACACUACUGAAUGAGAUCUACACAGAGCUCUACAUCACAGAGAGUGAAAGUGGAGAGAUCAGUAAUGAACAUGAGGUGAGACAGAUUGAGACACAAUCCAGAAGAACAACAACAGAGGAGACACCAAUCAAAUGUAAUGACAUCUUUAAACCUUUACCUGAACAAGACAAACACAUCAGAAGUGUGCUGACAAAGGGAGUCGCUGGCAUUGGAAAAACAGUCUCUGUACAGAAGUUCAUUCUGGACUGGGCUGAAAAGAAAGAGAAUCAGGACGUCCACCUCAUAUUUCCACUUCCUUUCAGAGAGAUCAAUUUGAUGAAUGACAAAUCACUCAGUCUUUUAGAUCUUCUUCAUCUUUUCUUUCCGAAGACAAAAGAAAUGGAAAUCUUCAGUGAUGAAUAUAAAGUGUUGUUCAUCUUUGAUGGUUUGGAUGAGUGUCGUCUGUCUCUGGAUUUUCACAGCAGUGUGAGGUUGUGUGAUGUAAGUGAAUCAACCUCAGUGGACGUGAUGCUGACAAACCUCAUCAAGGGGAAUCUGUUUCCCUCUGCUCUCAUCUGGAUCACCUCCAGACCAGCAGCAGCUGAUCUCAUCCCCUCUGAGUGUGUUGAUCGAGUCACAGAGGUACGAGGCUUCAGUGAUCCACAGAAGGAGGAAUACUUCAAGAAGAGAAUCAGUGAUGAGAGUCUGUCUGAUCAAAUCAUCUCACACCUGAAGUCAUCCAGGAGUCUCUACAUCAUGUGUCACAUCCCAGUCUUCUGCUGGAUUUCAGUCACUGUUUUAGAGAGAAUGUUGAGUGAAGCAGAGAGAAGAGAGAUCCCCAACACUUUCACUGAAAUGUACACACACUUCCUGAUCAUUCAGACAAACAUCAAACAUCAGAAGGACUAUGAGAAGAAAGUGAAAGAUGAAGACAUGAUCUUCAAACUGGGUAAACUGGCUUUUGAGCAGCUUAUGAAAGGCAAUCUGAUCUUCUAUGAUGAAGACCUGAGAGAUUGUGGCAUUGAUGUAUCAGAAGCAUCAGUUUACUCAGGAUUGUGUACUCGGAUCUUCAGAGAGGAGUUUGGUUUGUAUCAGGGGAAAGUUUACAGCUUUGUUCAUCUGAGCAUUCAGGAACAUCUAGCAGCUCUAUAUGUGCUGUAUUCAUUCCUGAUAUAUAAGAGGGAUCUAAUCAAUGAAUAUUUACCAUCAAAACAUCAGUUCACGUGGGACACAAUAUCAGAUCUGCAUAAGAGAGCUGUGGAUAAAUCUCUACAGAGUAACAAUGGACAUCUGGAUCUUUUCCUCAGAUUUCUUCUGGGUCUCUCACUGGAGUCCAAUCAGAAACUUCUGCAGGAUCUUCUGAAACACAAAGAGAAAAUCUCCUGGAGCAAAGAGAAAACUGUCGAGUACAUUAAAAUCAGAAUAAAAAUAAAUCCCAAACCAGAGAAAUCCAUCAAUCUGUUUCACUCUUUGAAUGAACUGGGUGAUCAGUCUCUUGUGAAUGAUGUCCAGGAGUAUAUAAAAUCUAAAACAUUUUUAAACCUCAAACUCUCCUCUUCUCAGUGGUCAGCAGUGGUCUUUAUUUUGCUGACCUCAGAGCAGUUGGACGUGUUUGAUUUGAGUAAAUACAUAAACAGAGACCUCAAAAGAAACAUGACACCGGAUGAAGUUCUUCAGAAGCUGCGGCAUGUGCUUCAGGGAUCAAGAUCAGCUGAGCUUUGUCAUUGUGAACUGUCAGAGAAAUGCUGUGACUGUCUGACUUCAGUUAUCUCUUCAAAAUCCUCAUGUCUGAGAAAGAUGAAUCUAUCUGAGAAUAAACUAAGAGAUUCAGGAUUGAAGCAACUCUGUGUUGGGCUGAAGAAUCCAAACUGUAAACUGGAGACACUGAGGUUGUGUGAUUGUGAUAUCACAAAUGAAGGUUGUGCAGCUUUGGCUUCAGCUCUGAGAUCAAACCCAUCAUACCUGAAAGAACUGAAUCUGUCUGAAAAUACUCUUGGAGAUUCAGGAGUGAAGCUGCUCUCUGAUGGACUGAAGAAUCCAAACUGUAAACUGGAGAAACUGGAGUUGAGGUGUUGUGGUGUCACAGAUGAAGGUUGUGCUGCUUUGGCUUCAGCUCUGAUAUCAAACCCAUCACACCUGAGAGAUCUGAAUCUGUCUAAAAAUAAAAUAAGAGAUUCAGGGGUGAAGCUGCUCUCUGAUGGACUGAAGAAUAUAAACUGUGAACUUGUGAAACUGAGGUUGAGUUAUUGUGGUGUCACAGAUAAAGGUUGUGCAGCUUUGGCUUCAGUUCUGAAAUCAAACCCAUCACAUCUGAGAGAUCUGAAUCUGACUGGGAAUAAACUUGGAGUCUCUGGAGUGAAGCGGCUCUCUGAUGGACUGAAGAAUCCAAACUGUAAACUGGAGAAACUGGUGUUGUGGGAUUGUGGUAUCACAGAUGAAGGUUGUGCAGUUUUGGCUUCAGCUCUAAGAUCAAACCCAUCACACAUGAGAGAACUCGAUCUGUCCGAAAAUAAUCUUAAAGAUUCAGGAGUGAAGCUGCUCUGUGAGGUACUGAAGAAUCCAAACUGCAAACUGGAGAAACUGUGGUUGAAUUAUUGUGGUGUCACAGAUGAAGGUUGUACAGCUUUGGCUUCAGCUCUAAGAUCAAACCCAUCACAUCUGAGAGAACUGAAUCUUUUUAAGAACAAACUUGGAGAUUCAGGAAGGAAGAUGCUCUCUGAUUUAAAGGAGGACCCACAUUAUAAACUGGAGACACUGAAUACUGGCUGGGAUUAUGGCUAUGAAGAUCUUUCUGUGAUCAAAUAGUGACUGUAGAGUGUAGACCCAUCAUUGAGACAUCGAAGACAACAUGAUUACCAGAGAUUCUUAUUAUAAUAUUCAUUUCGUAAAAGAUGUUCAGUCUACGUGUGUGUGUGUGUGUGUGUGUGUGUGUGUGUGUGUGUGUGUGUGUGUGUGUGUGUGUGUGUGUGUGUGUGUUUUCCUGGUUUUAUUUGUGAACCAUUAGAUGUUACAUUAGAUGAGAAAGUAAUUUAACGAGUACCGGUCUAGAAAUAUCUUGGUUUCCUUUUAGAAGAAAGCUUGUCCUUCAAGCUACACAUUCACUUUUUGACAAAAAAAAACUAAAGCUGGGAUUUUAUUAUAGAAACAAAGGCUGUUUCUCUUUUAGUAUGAGAAAAACACUCAUACAAGCAACUUUUCUUUCAAUGCUGGAUUAUGGGGAUAUUUUAUAUUUGCCUGCAAAUCAUUCUUCGUUGAAAAUGCUGGAUUCAAUAUAUCAUGCAGCAUUAAGAUUUGUAACUAAUUCUAGUUUCCGUACUUAUCAUUGUAGUUUGUACAAGGAUGUUAGAUGGCUAUCAUUGCAAAAUCGCAGGCUGGAGCAUUGGCAUAUUUUUCUCUUUAAGGCCAUACUUCACAAACUGCCUACUUAUUUAUGUUCUCUUUUGACUCUUAAAGUAACUUCCAGAGAAGGUAAUCUUCGGUCACAUGGACAAAUCAUGUAUGACGUUCCACAAACGAGAACUGUUUUUGGUGAAAGUGCUUUUAAUGUUUUUCCACCGUUAUCUUGGUAUAAUUUGAAAAACCAAAUAAAAUUGGACUACUUACCAACAAUGACACCGUUUAAAAUUAGGAUAAAGGACCUUCUGAGUACUAAAUGCACAUGUGCUGUUACUGACCGCUGUUGCUACUGUAAUUUUGUUAAGGUGAUGUCAAAAUGUAAAUAGCUUUUUCUUUUUUGGUGUUAAUGUUGUUUGUGUUAUUUUGUUUUCAUUGAAUAUUUUAACUCUGGAACUAUUAUUCUGCUGUCUUGGCCAGGACUCCCUUUGAGAAAGAGAUUUUGUAUCCCAAUGGGAUUAUUUUUCUGGUAAAAUGAAGGUUAAAAAAAUUAUAAAAACAAUGAAGAUAAAAUAUCAGUAGUACUAGACUUGCCUUAUCCACAUUAACUCUCAGUUCUGCAGUGGGGAUAUUUUAUUUUACCAGGAGAUUGUGCAUUUGUUAUUUGUAACUGAAGGAAAUGAUCUAAACUGCUGUGAAUACUGUGUGAAUAGAGUCCGAAGAAUCAUAACAGCUUAUCAAACAUCAUUUUGAUAAGACCAGACAUAAAGAUUCCUGGAGAUUUGUAAGAGUAUGAUGUGAAAAACACUGAAUCUUAUUAGGUGUAGCUUUUUAUCUGGUAUUCUUAAUUUUUCUCUUUAACAUUAUUUUUUAUAUAUGCAUAUCAAUUUCUUCUGAUGAUUAAUAAACAUGAAAAUUUUAUGAGUUUGUAGACAAGCUUAUUAAAGUUUUUUUUUUUUUGUAAAAGAAAUAAAGUGUUUAUUUAAAUAAAAUA